AUGGGUCUAAAAACACUUCACAACCGCUUGAACAACAUUGAUACUCCCAACGACCCAAGCAAAACUAUCACGAAGGGAAUGUACAUUAGACGAGCGAUCGAAUUGGUGGAAUGGAAUAAAUUUGAUGCAAUCUCACUACCACCUGCAUAUACAGAGGCCCAGUUAUUCCCGGAAGUGCAGGUUCUCCGCUCACCACCAGUCAUUUUCGAACAGAAAGCGCCAUUAACUAAUACUGUCGAAGAGGCGAUUGCAGAAACACCAGCUCGAACUCUAAUCAGUUCUAAUCCUGCAUCGGUGCAUGGUAUUUUCUCUCCCACCUGUGAAGAAUUAUCAGAUAGUGAAGUGAAUUUGGAAGAUAUCGAAAAGGAUACGCGAUGUUUUGAAAUGAACUUGGAUGUGGAUUCGGAUGAAGAACGGCUUGCUAUUUUAAAAUCUCGAGAACUCAGUCAGGAACUCAAUCAUUCAAAAGCAUCACAAAUACUCAAUUUAAAGUUGAGAAAAUGGGUACAGACAGCAUUACGGAUAAAUCCAAAUGUUCACAAGCACAAACGCUUAGUUACCAAGUUCUCAAUUCUGAACAAUUGCAUCCGUUCAUCGAAUACUGGGUUAUUUGACGCUACUUUACCCUGGUGCUCUGCGCAGUUUUUCUUCGAUCCGCACGAUUCCGAUCCCGAGAACAUUCGGGGAUUAUGGAGAGAAAGGAAAUCGAAGCUCAUUUUAGAGAUAACUGAACUGAUUCAAUGGGCUAAUGAUAUGUAUCCUGGUGCCGAGAUAAGUCGAUCAGUAAUCGAUCACUUUAUGAAGCUAAGUGAUAUCGCUCGUACUUUUGCUUUGAACCCUAGUGACAGCAAGUGGGGGGGUUUUAUUGAUCAGAAAGGUGUCUGUCUUCUCGAGGUAUGGGCGAAGUUUGACGAGCCGAGUGGUAGUAUCAGUAAAGAGAGCAGCAGAUCUGUUUCUCGAAGAAGCUUGGGAAACUGA